CUGCGGUGGAAAAUCUGGUGGAUUUUUGGAAAAGUUUGAUUUGAGAUAAUUUGCGACGGAAUUUGUGAUGGUUUUUGGCAAGCGAAUGGAAGUUCCGGCUGCGCCGGAUAUGUUGCACGUUGUGGCAUGCAUAAACAGAUAGAAAGUUGUUUGGUAAUUGUUUAGGUUAAACCAAACCCGCAAUAAAACGCGAUUGUUUUUGUUACACCGUAGAGCAGAAGAAGAAGAAAAAACAGUCGAACAGGAAGUGGGAGGAAGAACCAUCACAGUGAUGUAGAUAAAGGUAAUAACAUUGACCGAGUGUGCUAAAAAUAGGGCAAAUAGUGAGGAAGAAAAAAAACAGCUGCACCACUUUGCAGCAUUGAACCAGAGUAAGGUUCUUCUCUAGAGUGUGUUAGGCGGAGAAGGGAGGACCAUUCGCCAGGAUGGUGUUCGAAAGUAUCGUGGCCGAUGUCCUGAAUCGGUUCGUCGGCGAGUACGUCGAGAAUCUGGACAAGAAGCAGCUCAAGAUUGGCAUCUGGGGAGGCGAUGUCGUCCUCAACAACUUGAUCCUAAAGCAGAGCGCCCUGAAGGAGCUGGAUCUGCCGGUGACGACGCUGUACGGUCACCUGGGCAAGCUGGUGCUCAAGAUCCCGUGGAAGAACCUGUACAGCGCCCCCGUCGAGGCCAUCGUCGACAAGCUGUACGUGCUGGCCGUUCCGAACACGGACGUUCGGUACAAUGUGGAAAAGGAGGAACGGGGCGCUUUCGAGGCCAAGAAGGCCGAGCUGGCUCGCAUUGAGGCGGUUAAGAAGAGCGAGGCGGACAAGGACAAGCCGGUGGCGGAUAAGACGUUUACGGAGAAGUUGACGGCGCAGAUUGUGAACAAUGUUCAGAUUAAGAUUUCGGACAUUCACAUCCGGUACGAGGACACGACGACGACGGGCUAUCCGUUUGCGUUUGGCGUGACGUUGAGCAACCUGAGCGUGCACACGACGGACAAGAACUGGAUGCAGACGCUGGUGUCGGAGUCGGUGACGAAGAUUUUCAAGGUGGCUCAGCUGGAGAUGCUGUCGGUUUACAUGAACUGCAACACGCAGCUGUUCCAGGAGCAGGAACCGGCGCAGUACAAGCGACUGUUUCAGGAGUCGAUCGCGGCGAAGAGUCACAAACCGGAGGGCUAUCACUACAUCUUCGGGCCGAUUAGUUCCGGAGCACGGUUGGAGAUGGUUCCGAAUCCGGAACUGGAGGAAAAUCCGUUUUCUUCGCCCAAGAUCAAGCUGAACCUGUGCAUGGAAACGUUGGCCAUCGGGAUAACCAAGGUUCAGUUCCAGAACACGAUGCAGCUGGUGGAAGCGUUCGGCAGGAUGAUGCGUGCCAUGCCGUACCGGAAGUACCGGCCGUACGGAAUCGGUUACAAGAACAACUACCGCGAGUGGUGGCGCUUCGCGUACACUUGCGUGCUCGAGGUGGAAGUUCGUCGCCGGCGUCGCAACUGGUCCUGGGAGAACAUGCUGCGCCACCGGCAGAACCUGAAGCGCUACGAGGAGGCGUACAAGGCGCAGCUGACGGCGAAGAAGCUGACGCCGGAGAUAACGGCUCGGUCGGAGGAUUUGGAGAGGAUUUUGGAUUUGCACAACAUUGUGGUCAUUCGGCAGAAGGUGGAGUUUGAGGUGCAGAAGGAGGGCAAACGGCAGGAGGAGGAGCAAAAGGGGGGCUGGUUCAGCUCGUGGUGGGGAGGAGGAGCGAAGAAGACGGACGAUGCCGAUAAUGCAGCGGAUAUAAAGAAACAAUUCGAGGCCGCCAUGACGUCCGAGGAGAAGGCCAAACUGUUCAAAGCGAUCGGCUACCAGGAGAACGAUUCACCGACGGAACUGCCCGAGUUCUACGUGGCCCAGAUUCUGCAGUUUGAGCUCAACCAACUGAAGGUUUCGAUCAAGUCGGAAGUGACGGUCGGUUCGCAGGAGCGGGUUGCGAGUCCCAGCCAGCUGCUGGAUCGCGUAAUGCUGCUCGAGCUGAAGAACGUCAAGUGUGGCGUCCAGCAGCGACCGUCGGCCGGGGCGAUGAAAGCUUCGCUGCAGAUGCAGGAGCUGACCAUUUCCGGGCUGCGCCAGGGUGAAGUGUUGCCAAUCAUGGUGCGGUCACAGCUCGAGGGUUCGGAUACGCUGCUGGACGUGUCGUUUGAAACGAGUCCGGAGGAUAAAAAGUGCGACCAGCGGGUCGUCGUUACGUCGCGCCCACUGCAGAUUAUCUACGACGCGGAGACGAUCAUCCAGCUGACGAAGAUCUUUCAGAUGCCGCGCACGGCGACUAUUUCGCAACUUACGGAUGCCGCGGCGGAGAAGUUGGUCAACAUCAAGGAACGGUCCGCUACCGGACUGCAGUACGCCAUUGCAAAUCAUCCUCGGUUGGAGCUGAACGUGGACAUUAGCCCAAGCUUCAUAAUUGUCCCUCACGGAGGUUUGUUCUGCAGUCGCGAGGCCGUGCUGGUCGUCAGCUUGGGCAAACUGCUGGUGCAGACGGAGCCGCGUCCAAUCGACCAGAAAGACGUUCACACGAUGCACGAGGAGGGUGCCAACCAGGAGCAAAUCCUGCAGGAAAUCAUCCGUCAAAGCUACGACAAGUUUGUGCUGGAGAUUCGUGACGUGCAGGCCAUCGUGGCCACAAUCGAUGAGGACUGGCAGGGAACGCUGCGGUGCAACACCGUAACCGAGAUGCAUCUGCUGGAGCCGACUUCGUUCCGGAUAUCGGCGCACCUGUGCGUCAUCGACGACGAUCCGCGUCUGGCCAAGUGCAAGAUCUUUGGCGAGCUCCCGUCGGUGAACAUUUGCGUCACGGAACAGCGCGUGCUGGAAGCGCUUUCGAUCGUGACCAGCCUGCCACUGCCGGAGAGUGACAUCGAAAUUCAACCCGCGCCGAUCGCCAAGGACAGCAACGUGUUCAGCUCGAGUCUUUCGUUGCUCAAAUAUCUGGACGAAAAGCAGCAGAAGCUCACCAAAAUUCAACGUCCAGCGGACACGCUGAGCACGUCCGACUCCGUCGACGGAGAGGUAGUCCAGUUUAUCGAUCUGGAAGUUAACUUUGUGCUGAACGCAUGUUCGCUUACGAUCUACAAGAUCAGCGGAACCGGCAGCAGCUCGUCCGAGGCGUACGCCACUCCAACGGAGGAGUUUCCCUCAUCACCGCUGGAGCAAAGCCUGGCCCAACCUCGCAAGAGUGUCGCCUUCAGCAUGCCCUUCCACAGCUCGGACUCGCGCAAGAUUAUGGCCUUCCAGGUGCGGCAGCUCGAGCUGACCAUGGUCCAGCGGACGUACGACCUGAAAGUGGCGCUCAAACUUGGCGCCGUCACGCUGGACCAGUUCCGCGUUCGCAACGAGCAGGAAAACAUCCUGAACGUCAUCCAGACGCCCAAGUACGAGGACAACGACGAUUACCUGUUUACGCUGAACUACACCAAUUGCAAGAAAAACAGCCCGGAGUUUGCGACCAAGUACGAAUCGGUCGAGCAGGAAGUGGGCAUCAACUUCUCCACCCUGGUGCUGCUGCUUCACGAGGAAGCGCUGAACGAGCUGAUUCGCUUGGCCAACGACUUCCAAGUGCGCAUGGAGUCGGUGAUGAGCAGCAAGCGCGACCGGGAGCUGCAGCAGUUCCCGAUGCGCGACCGGAUCGCCACCAUCCACGAGGAGGAGAGCACGGCGACGGUGCUGCUGCAUGCGGCCCGCGAGAAGUUGCCCACGAUCCUGGAGGACGAUUCGGCGCCGGUGGGGGGAGCGGCGGGAGGAUCGAAAGCUAAUCGCAAACGACCCUCAAUUGUAGACAGCAUUAAGAUCAGGGUGGUGGCCAAGCUGGAGGACGUGACGGUGGAGCUGCAGAACGACAAGCGGUCCAUCGCUGUGAUGGAGGUUCAAAAUCUGACCAGCAGUGCCGUCGUCAAGACGUCGUACACCGAAGUCACCGUCCGUCUGCAGGACAUCAUUCUGACCGACACCAAUCCGGCGACGAUUCACACGAAGAUCCUCUCGAUCAUCGGCGACAACGCGCUCGAGGUGAAGGUCGUCCUGUUCGAUCUGGAGGCCACCUCGGACUACAACUCGGACGACAUGCGCAUCGAGGUGACGAUGGGUUGCGCCCGGAUCGUGUUCCUCAACUGGUUCGUGACGUCGGUGCUCGCCUUCCUGGACAACUUCCAGGCGGCCCAGCAGCGCAUCAAGGACGCCAGUGCGGCGGCGGCCGAAGCGGCCAAAAACAGUGCCGUGGAAGCGUACAGCAAAGCGACCCGCAUGAAGCUGGACAUCAAGGUGAAGGCGCCGAUCAUCGUCAUUCCGGUGGACUCGCGCAGCCUCAAAGCGGUCGCGAUGGACUUUGGCCAUCUCAGCAUCACCAACAACUUCCGGGACAUUGCGACCGAGAACAGCCACGGGCCGGCCGUGAUCGACGAGAUGAAGAUCGAACUGAAGGACAUGAAGCUGUCCAAGGUGGACGUUUGCCCGUCGGAAAUGGGCAACCUGUCGCACGUGUCCAGGUACGGCUCGGAGGAGAUUAUCUACGGCAUCGUGCCCGACCAGAGCGCGGUGCUGAGUCCGACCAGCUUUGCGUUGAUCAUGAAGCGGAACCUUUCGUCGGGGUGGUACCGGGAGCGACCGGAUUUGGACAUUUCCGGACGGUUGAAGGCGGUUGAGCUUAACUUUAUCGCCACCGAUUACAGCGUAAUCAUGCAAAUCCUUUCGAAGAAUAUGACCGAAGGCCAGGACGAGUUCAAAAAGGCCGAAGUCAAGCUGGAGAAGUCGCCGACGAGUCCGCAAAUCACUGAUUAUACUUGUUCCAACGCUGACAAUUCUGCUACUGAUGGUAAAACAACCUGGUCUUCCGUAGCCAAGAAAGCUACCGCAAAACCGUUCGGGCUGGACGUGGCGGAACUGCGCGCCAAGCAGGAAGCGGCCGCCCGCGAGAAGGAGGAAGCCGCCAAGCAGAAGAUCGACACGUUUCUCAAGUUUAGCUUCCAGAUCGACAGCAUCAACAUUAAGCUGUUUACGGCUCCGGGCGAAGGCCUAGCCGGGUUCGAGAUAUUCUGCCUGUCGUUGCAAGGCAAAAAGCUGACCGAUGGGUCGCUCAACACGGCCAUCAUCCUGUGCGACAUACGGCUGGACGACAUCCGCCCAAACAGAGAGAACAUGCUGACCCGGCUGAUGGAGCGUCGCUCGACGGCCGAGGCCAACAUCAGCAUCCUGAGCGGGCGCAGUGACGAUGCGGAGACGGCCGCCCUGACGGCGCCGCUGCACUCGAUGAUCGACGUUACGUUCAACAUGAAGGAGAACGACAUGUUUGCCGACGUGAAGGUUUCGAGCUUCAAUCUGAUCCUGUCGGUGGACUUUUUGCUCAAGAUUCAGCAGUUUUUGCAACCGGAAGAGCUGGUCGAGCAGAAGGCGCUGCAGGCGGCCGAGGAGCAGGCUCGCAGGGAGCGCAAGACCAGCACGUCGAAUGUCCCCGCGGAGAAAUCCGAGCCCGGACAGAUGACGGUGAUUAUAAAAAUCGAACAGCCGGACAUUAUUCUGGUGGAGAAGAUGGACGACAUCAACUGUUACGCGUUGAUUUUGAACAACGAAAUUCAACUGAACGUGCGACUGAUCGGCGAGCGGCAAAUCAUCAAGGGUGAGCUGAAGGAUCUCUGUCUGUAUUACGCCGAGUUCAACCCGGAGCGUCGCAACGAUACGAAGCACUUUGUGAUCCAUCCGUGCUCGAUCAGUCUGAACGGAUCGACGCCUGAGGGCAAGGGGCUGCAUUUGGGGCUGAACACGACCAAGAUCAAGAUCAGCGUGUCACCGGCCGUGAUUGAACUGAUCAACAACGCGCUGAUGACGCUAACUGCGAACGAGCAGGUCAAGCUGGACGAAACGCAGAAGACGGUCAACUAUAGCGAUCUGUGGGACAUUAAGGACUACAAUCCGGACGAUUUCUGGUUCAUCAGGCCGGAAAUGGCAGAGGAUGCGCUGAGUUUGGAGUCGGUUUGCCGCGAGAUUAAGGAGGAAAAGUGCAUGGUCGAAGUGCCGUCGAUUUCGUUGAUCAUCGAAACCGGACUGGGCAUCAACACGAUCCCGAUGCUGUUCAUCGAGACGAACAUGCAGGCGGAGGUGUCCAACUGGAGCUCGGAAAUGAAGAUCAACAGCUCGUUGCGGCUUAGCAUGUCGUACUACAACCAAGCGCUGGCUUUGUGGGAGUACGUGAUCGAGCCAAACGAGGUAGAACUGCCGAAUGGGAACGUUGAGCACAUUCCUUGGGAGCUGACGCUGGAACUUGAGGUCGAUCACCACGAGGAUCGCUCGCGGGAUCCAACGACCCGAAUCAACGUCGGUUCGCGAGACAGCUUAGAGAUGAGCGUUACGAAGACCUGCUUGGACGUGUUUCAGAACCUGGGCAAAGCAUUUUCCGAAGCGAUCAAGCGUGAAGGUAUCGUCAAGACGGAAACGCAAGCACCGUACAUGGUUCAGAACGACACCGGCCAGGACAUCAAGAUCAACUUUGUGGGAAGUGAUUUCGUCAUUCAGGCGAGCCAUUUGCAGUCGGGUCGCGAAGACGAACUGAUCGCGAUCGAGCAAACCGGCAGUCAGGAUGUUACGAGCUGUAUCGUGAUGCCAAAUGGACGGCUGAAUCUGGAACCACGUGAAAAGGACAACGAUCUGUCGAUGGUGACGGUCAUGCAGGACAACGAAAACAGCGCGACGCACAAAUUCCUCAAGGUGAUCGUGGGCGACACGGAGAAGGAACUGACCCUGCCCGUCUACAAAUCUGACAAGCGGUACUUCCCACUGUACCGCAAAACCGACCAAGAACCGUGGGCCAUCAUCUCGGAGGUCAAGAUCGAACACGGCACCACCGUAGUCGUGCUGCGAGGCAUCGUCCAAAUCUACAACCACUUCACUGCCCCAAUCUACGUGCAUCAGUUUGUCGAUCACGAAAAGUACCUCGUCGGAGAGGUCCGCUCCGGAGGAUUCUUCAACGUCCCGCUCUACUUCCUGUACAGCGACUUCAAAGAGCUGCACUUCUCCAUGAAAGGCUACCACUCGUCAGCCCAGGGCAUCAGCUGGAAGGAAUCCCCCAACCACACCGAACUGAUCAAAUCGCUCCAGUGCGAUCCGAUCAAAACCUUCGAGCCGUUCCACAUCAACGCCGUCCGCGAACGGCACGACGUCUUUCACGAGGUCACCUCGAAGCACACGAUGCUGAGCGCCUGCUACGAGAUCCACCUGCGGCCACCGCUCAUGCUGCGCAACGCCCUCCCAAUCGGGCUGACCAUUUCCGUGGCCGGUUGCUCGGUGCGACGCGAACUGGACGCCGACCUGGUCACCAGCACCGAGAGCCUCUCGAACGCCUCGACGAUCGUCGGCGAGGACUACCUGGACUAUGGCGAGAAGCUGCUGCGGCCGGGCGAACUGCUCCAUCUGCCAACGGUGAAGACGGCCGCUCGGACGGCCACCGAGACGACCUACAUUGUGGCGAGGCUGGUCAACUACCUGGAGAAGGACUGGUCCUGCACGACGGAGAUCCCGGCCCAGCCGCCGGAGUUUGGCGUGUGGACGUUCAACGCGUACGACUCGGUGGAGGUGAUGUCACUGCAGCUGGGUGUGAAGUACGAGAGCCGCACCGACGGGUUGACGCUGAUUGUGUACUGUCCGUUCUGGAUGCUCAACAAGACGGGGCUGAUGCUGAGCUAUCGGGUACGAAGAGCAAGAAUUUGUGAGAAGCUUUCGGCGAUCAGCUGUGGGUCCAGAGCGCAAAAACCCAACGACGAAAACACCAACAUCCUGUACCACCCGCCCGAGUACGACGGGCCGAUCCUGUUUUCGUUCCGCGAGAAGGUCUUCUUCGGCAAGAAGAAGGCCGCCAUCCGGGUGGACACGGGCGAGUGGAGCGAAAAGUUCUCGCUGGACGUGGCCGGCUCGAGCGGGGUGAUUGCGUGCCAGGCCAACAAUAUGACCUAUCAGAUUGGCGUUCACAACACGUUGACGCACAACUCGCUGACCAAGCAGAUCGUGUUUAUGCCGUACUUUAUCCUGAUCAACCGGGCUGAUUUUGACGUGGAGGUGCAGGAACAUUUGCGCCCGGGUGAUCCCUGGACCAGGGUGAAGGUGGAAGACUGCGUUCCGCUGUGGCCCAAGACGGAGGAGAACCGGAUGUUGCGGGUUCGGGCGGUGAACAGUACGCAGAUUACGGCUCCGUUCAAGUACACCGAAGUGCAGUGUACGCUGCUGCAGCUGAAGAACCGUUACGGAGGAAUUAAUGUGGACGUGCACGUGACGGAGGGCGCCAUCUACAUUACAUUUACCGGGUACCACGCGGGUGACGCUCCGGCGCUGCUGAUCAACCACACUAGCGAAGAGUUUGCCUUCAAGGAGAAGGGCGAUGUGAACGGGAAGAUUUUGAUGCCCAGUCAGAUGGUUUUGCAUACGUGGAUCAACCCGGCUGGUGAUCGGAAGAUUGUCUGGGACAGUGGUUCCAAGCUGGUUUCGGUUGAGAAUGAUCUGCGCCGGGACGACAUUAGCGAGUUCAAAUCGCCCACGGACAAGGACAUCUUUUGGGUGUCUUUCCUAAACGGAACUCAGCGCGUUCUGCUGGUAACCGACAACGCCAACAUUGCGUACGAAGUGCACAGUUCCAGCCGGCUGGACCAGGUCACGCAAGAAAUCAAGCUGGAAAUCCACGGCGUCGGCCUGUCCCUCGUCAACAACAGCAAACAGUGCGACCUGAUGUACAUCGGAAUCGCCAGCUCCGGCGUCAUCUGGGAGGAACGCAAACGCUCCGGCCGCUUCAAGCAGAUGAAAAUCCAGGAAACCUACUCCAUGGAAAGCUCCUUCCAGCAGUACCUCCGCGAUCAGGAAAUCGGCGCAUCAGCCAGCAAAAAGUACUUCCUGGAAGGAGAGAAACGCAUCGAAAUCGACUUCACGCGAAACAUCGUCAAGAAAUCAACCGAACGUGACAUCCGCCGAACCUUCUACCCCGGACUCUGGUUCGAGAUCAAAUCGUCCUCGCACCAGCUUCAAUUCCACGCCAAAAUCAACCGCAUCCAGAUCGACAACCAGCUCACCGACUGCAUCUUCCCCGUGGUUCUCGCCCCAAUCCCACCCCCGAAGAGCGUUGCGGCGACCACCGAGUUUAAGCCGUUCAUCGAGAUGAGCAUGGUGCAGCGCAUCAUUCCGCACUCGAACGUGAAGCAGUUCAAGUAUCUGCGCGUGCUGAUGCAGGAGUUCCACGUGAAGGUGGACCUGCUGUUUAUCAACGAGAUCUUCGAGAUGAUCAGCUCGGAGACGACGGAGGCGGAAGCGAAAACGCUGUUCGCCGAGGACCUCAAGGUACAAACGCAACCGCUGCACGCCCACGUCGCCAUCCAGUCCCAGGCGGAGGUGAAGAACUUUUACGACAACCUGCACCUCGGUCCGCUCAAGAUCCACGUCAGCUUCUCGAUGGCCGGCUCGGAGUCGAAGGCACUGCCCGGCAUCCUGUCGACGAUCCUGCAGGGCGUGGGCGUCACGCUGACCGACAUCAACGACGUGGUGUUCCGGUUGGCGUUCUUCGAGCGGGAGUUUCAGUUUUUGACGCAGCGCCAGCUGGUGUCGGAGUGCGUCACGCAUUACAGCGGCCAGGCGGUGAAGCAGCUGUACGUGCUGGUGCUCGGGCUGGACGUGAUUGGGAAUCCGUACGGGUUGGUCGUCGGGUUUACCAAGGGUGUGGAGGAUUUGUUCUACGAGCCGUUCCAGGGGGCGAUUCAGGGCCCCGGCGAGUUUGCCGAGGGUUUGGUGCUGGGCGUGAGGUCGCUGUUUGGCCAUACCGUUGGUGGGGCGGCCGGAGCGGUUUCCAAAAUAACCGGUGCCAUGGGCAAAGGCCUGGCGGCGCUGACCUUCGACGAUGACUACCAGAAGAAGCGUCGGGAUGCGCUCAACAAGAAGCCGGCCUCGCUGCAGGAGGGAAUCGCUCGCAGCGGCAAGGGCCUGGUGAUGGGCGUGUUUGACGGAGUGACGGGCGUGUUCACGAAGCCCAUCAGCGGAGCCAGAGAGGACGGCGUCGAGGGCUUUUUCAAGGGGCUGGGCAAGGGUGCGGUCGGGCUGGUGGCGCGGCCCAUUGCCGGUGUAACGGAUUUCGCCAGCGGUAGCUUCGAUGCGGUCAAGCGGGCCACCGAGCUGUCGGACGAGGCGUUCCGGUUGCGGUCGCCGCGGUUCCUGCACAAGGAUGGCAUCGUGAGGCCGUACAACAGGAAGGAAGCCGAGGGGAACAAGCUGCUGAAGGAAAUCGACAAGGGCAAGUUUACCGCGUCGGACACCUUCGUGUACUACGAGUCGAUCGUGGACGGCAAGGACGUGGUCGUGCUGACCGACUGCCGGCUCAUCUACGCCACCAAGAGUGACCUGUUUGGGGGGUGGCAGUGCGACUGGACCCACCGCUGGACGGAACUGCUGAGCGUGUCUGUGGUGAACGACGGCGUUGAGCUGGUGCUGCGCGCCAAGGACAACAAAUCCGCCCUCAAGAAGAUGUUCAGCUCGUCCGGGAAUCAGAAGAAGGUGCUGCUGAUGCCAGUGGCCUUCCGGCGUAACCGGUUGGUCGAAGUGGCGCAGAAACUGAUGAAAUGAGCGCGUUUCUCUCUAGUCUAGAUCAUCAUGAAGAGUAAAAUUUUUACCGUUUAAAUAUAGAAGAAUAAAACAGUGAGUGCUUGAAGCAUUCGACAAUACACACCCACACACAGUCUACAUUAAAAUCGCUUAGCGAGGAUAGCUUAUCAUCGUUUACACAAACACAUUAGCUUUACAUGCGUUUGCCUGGGCGACGGAUUCUUUGCGUGAGAUGAAAAUGGUGAUAUUUACCCCAGUUAGAAUGUUAUCAUCCGUGUUGUACUACUCGCAGCUAUUGAAGUGUAUAUUUACAGUUUUGGCUGGUAGCCUUUGUAGCCACAUUUUCCCACUAAACCAUCUCCACCAAAAGCAUUCUUAGAAAUCGUAAUGUUUCGUACUUUUGAUUUGUUUGCGGCGACUUUUUUGAAAUAAUGCUGUACACAAAAGUAGGCAAAUCAUACAACCAAAAUGAGACCAAGUAGGAAACUGCUGUGAAACGCGAAGAUGCGACGCUGGAAGCAAUCUCUUUUUCUAAAUUCUAAUAUGGUAGGAAAACACUAUUGUUGCUUAGACUUUACCAUCUAUAUUAAAAUUACGAAAAAAACGAAACUAUUGGCACUACGCCCCCCGGGGCAUGGCCUUCCUCUAACGUGGGAUUUCUGCUCCAGCGCCUCUGACGAGACAGGAGAAACCGGGACCGACGUUUUACUUCACCAUCCGAUAGAAGCUCAGUGGAUAAGGCGGGAAUCGAGCCCGCGUCUCAUAGCAUCAUCGGGAUCGGCAGCCGAAGCCGCUACCCCUGCGCCACGAGACCCACGAUUAUUACGAGUGACGAAAUUACGAGUACAAAUACCAAAUCCCAGAGAUAACGAAACAUAAAAGAAAUGAUAAAGAUGUUCAUUAUUGUACCACAAACACAUUCUUUUGAUUCGCUCACGUGAACAUUUUUCUUGCUUUGUAUGUGUAUUUUUUACCUAUAUUUAUUCUUAGUUUUGUCCUACCAGAAGCAUGAAUAAAUGUAUCGAACUUA